UCGAUGACAGCCGGAGGAUGGAGGCAGUUUUAGCCAAGUAUGAAAACCAGAUCAACGUGUUCUCUGAGUUUCUAGAAGACCUGCCUGACACAGAAGAGCCCGUGUGGAUUUUAGGGGAACGCUACAAUGUCAAAACAGAGAAAUCGGAACUGCUGGCCGACGUCCGCUCGCGACUGUGGUUCACGUACAGAAAGAAAUUCUCCCCCAUCGGGGGAACGGGGCCCUCGUCGGACGCAGGCUGGGGCUGCAUGCUCCGCUGUGGACAGAUGAUCCUGGCGCAAGCCCUGGUGUGCUGGCAUCUGGGCCGAGACUGGCGUUGGGAGAAGGAGAGACGCCCACCACAGGAGUACCAACGGAUCCUGCAGUGCUUCCUGGACAGGAAGGACAGCUGCUACUCCAUCCACCAGAUGGCUCAGAUGGGGGUGGGCGAGGGGAAGUCGGUCGGGGAGUGGUACGGUCCGAACACAGUCGCCCAAGUGCUCAAGAAACUGGCCCUGUUUGACGACUGGAACUCCCUGGAGGUGUAUGUGUCAAUGGACAACACAGUGGUGAUGGAGGAUAUCAAAAAGCUGUGCCGUCAGCCGAGCCGGGGCAGGCCGAGACCGAGCGCAUGCGGGAGGGCAGAGUCAUCGAGCACCACGGACUCAGCGAAGACAGGAAGCUCUCACCCCCCCGGGAACUGUGCGACGUCCUGUCCCCCCUCCCACUCAGAGUGGAGACCCCUGCUGUUGAUCAUACCUCUCCGAAUGGGAAUAAACCACAUCAACCCCGUCUACAUCCAGGCCCUCAAGGAGUGCUUUAAGAUGCCGCAGUCGCUGGGGGUGCUGGGAGGGAAGCCCAACCUGGCCUACUACUUCAUCGGAUUCAUCGGUGACGAGCUCAUCUACCUGGACCCCCACACCACGCAGUCAGCCGUGGAGGCGGAGCCUGGCGUUGCCGUGGACGACCAGAGCUACCACUGCCAGCGCAGCCCGCGGCGCAUGAAGGCCAUGAGCCUGGACCCCUCAGUGGCGCUGGGCUUCUUCUGUAAGAACGAGGAGGACUUUGACAGCUGGUGCAGUCUGGUACAGCAGGAGAUCCUGAAGAAGAGGAACUUGCGCAUGUUCGAGCUGGUGGAGAAACACCCCUCCCAUUGGCCUCCCUUUGUCCCGCCCACCAAACCUGAGGUGCAGACCACAGGGGCAGAGUUCAUUGAAUCGACCGACAAGCUGUUUGAAUCAGAAGAAGAGUUUGAGAUUCUUAACGUGUGAGCAGCCUUGGUGGGCGUGGUCUCUCGGAUGACGAGCAGCGGGUUUCUCCGGCCCUGACUGAUCACACUCCCCGCAGCAGAAGUGCCUCUGACCACACAAACACUGAGCACAGCCCUGUUACCAGUGCGCAAAAAACUCACACGCACGCUUAGGACAUACAUGAAAAACGUGGACUCCAACACAAGACUGAGGGAGGAGAGGAAAGGAGAGUUUGCAUGGACUUGCUUUGCUCCGGCGUACAGGAAACGCCAAGGAUCCGGCUCCCCCUAGAGGAUGGGAGUGUCUACUGCAGGCCCACGGGAAGGCUUGUGUGAACGAUGGGCCUGAAAAGGCCUCUUCAGUGCUGAGUCACACUGCAGCGGAGCGACUUCACUGUGAGGAGGACGGGUGUGACCAUCGUUUCUCUGCUAAAGCCAUCACCUCACGGACCCUACACUACUUCCUGCCACCAGGAGACAGAAAUAUGCAGACAACUUUUCAGUGUUAAAAAAACAGGACAACUUGUGUAUGAAAGUGCCUCAUUUUAAGAUAUAUUUAUAUGUUCUUGAAUGGUUAUGUUAAGGUUUUCUCUAGUUACCUGAAGGGUAGAGCAGUAUCUAUCUGCCCUGCAGGCCUAUGUAAAUA